AUGGAGGAGCUUAUCGACUUGGGCCUCCUACUCAAAGCUUCAAUUGACAAGAUACACACCAAUCGGAGGCGAAUUGAGAUUCUAGCGGAAGAAAUUAUUGAGACCGUACACGAAUUGCAGAAUGUCGCGAAUCAAACCACAGACAUCUUGGGGCUUACUAUUCCGCACUCGAAUUCCCGUUCUACUAGCGGCAGUCUUGAGGAGGAGAUCAGAGCAAACAAGUCAAGAGUUGCCACCGGUAUUUCACUAAAAGAAUUAAACCUUGUCAUAGAGCAGCUCCAAUACCAAUUCGAAGAAGCUGUUCAAUUCUACAAAGAGUUCGCUGUGGAGAAGAUUACGCGAUGCACUGUCAGUUACGCCCAUACGUUAUACAAUUUCUCUAGCUGUCUCAGUAAACUUGGACGUGACAAGGAAGCUCUCAUGACGACUACUCGUACAUACUCUUUCGCAGCUUAG